AUGGAUAGAAUCAGCAAUCUACCAGACGAGAUUAUUUGUCACAUCGGUUCCUUCCUUUCGGCGAAGGAGGCUGCGUUCACGACGGUUCUCGCAAAAAAGUGGCGGAAUCUGUUCACCAUCAUACAUAAACUUCACUUUGAUGGCUCGCUUAAAAACGGAGAGAGUUUCACUGAUUUUGUCGAUGGAGUAUUGGCUCUACCAGCCACUUCUCGUGUAAGGAAUUUCUCUCUAAAAUGGUUUGCGCAUGUUAAGAAUGAUGAGCUCAUCAACCGGUGUCUAUGUCAUGUACUCAAGCUUGGUGUCAUGGCUCUUGAACUGCAAAUCAACGACAAAGAAGGCUAUUCACUGCCUUUUGAGAUUUUCACUUGCGAGACAGUUUCUGAACUCACACUAGGGUAUGGUUUUGCUAUUGACAUUCUCCCUGCCAAUGUUUUCCUUCCAUCGCUCAAGACUCUCUCUCUUUAUAAAGUUGGGUUCUUUGAGUUUGGUCGUUGCGCGUUCAAAACGCUUCUUGGUGCUUGCCCCUUGCUUGAGGAACUAACCAUCCGUUGUCUCAACUGGGAACAUUGGAGAUGGUCUCGCGUUGUGUCAAGUCCGACCCUUAAAAGACUUACUAUUACACGUGGAGGGUGGAGUUCGUUUGAUGCCUCCGAUUUUAAGAGCGUUAGCUUUGAAACUCCAAGUCUUGCCUACUUAUUUUACUCUGAUUACGUUCCAAAAAGGUAUCUAAAUGUUGAUUUCAGCUCCCUUGUCGAGGCUAAGCUCCAUCUUUGUCCGGAAGAACAUUACAACUGGGACAGAACAGAUACGGCUCGUUUUCAUCCAAUAAAUCUGCUUAAUGGGUUAAAAGACGUUGAGAGUCUCAACUUGUGUUCUAUUAUGUCAUUGGACAUGUUUUAUGUCUUCCGUGAAGCACUACCAGUGUUCGAAAAGCUGCUUCAUAUAUCUGUUGCCCUUUCUAACUUCUGUUGGUAUCCUCUGCCAUUGCUGAUAAAGAAAUCUCCAAAUCUAAAGACUCUUACCAUCGACGGUCGCUUGCACUAUAGGAGUUUUUAUUAUUGUCCGGAAAGCACAGUUUGUCUUUGCGUGUCAGAAUAUGCUUUCCUAUUGAAGUGUCCCUUGGAGAUCCUAAAGAUAACUGAGUACUAUGGUUCUCUGGAAGAGUUGAUUCAAAUGAAGUAUAUCUUGGGAAAAUUGUCAUGUCUUGAGCUCUGGUGGAAGUUCAUUCUCAGGCAUCUCAUGAAGGAAAGCUGA